GGAUUUGGUACGAUUUUAUACUGUGACUGAUCCCAAGAGGCACCCAAAAGGAUAUACAGUCUAUAAAGUAACAGCAAGGGAAAGCGACAUGGUGUCAGAACCGGGAUUGAAGAGAGAAGAAUAUUUGGAGCCAUGAGAUGUAAAGAUGACAGUGAAGGUAAAGCCGAGAGAAAAAGAGCAGAAACAUAACCAGAAAGAAUCGAAGAUUGUUUCUAGAAGAAAUCCAGAAGACAUCCAGGAGUUGGUCAUAUGGAAGAGGUACAGUGACUUCAAGAAACUUCACAAAGACCUUUGGCAAAUACAUAAGAACUUAUGUAGACAGACUGAACUGUUUCCUCCGUUUGCAAAAGGAAAAGUGUUUGGACGCUUUGAUGAAACUGUAAUUGAAGAAAGACGACAGUGUGCCGAAGACCUGCUGCAGUUUUCUGCCAGCAUCCCAGCCCUCUUUAGCAGUCAGCAUUUUGAAGAGUUCUUUAAGGGUGGAGAACUGCAAGAUGGGUCUGAAUUGAUUGGUCCUCCUGAUCCUGUUUCUGAUUCUCAGCUUGACAACGUGUCCAUCUGCAGUACUGAAGUUUAUGGAGAGUCAAGCCAACUUGAUGAUGUAGGCCUUAAUAGUGUAUCAGAAUACGGAGGUUUUUCAAGUGACAGCGAUCUGAUAUCUCUAACAGUGGACACAGACUCGUUUGCUGAAGUAGAUGAUGGAAUGGCAUUCAGGCGCGAUUCUCCAAAUAAAAUCUUGGGGCUCAGUCCUUCUCAGGAUCCCUCUGCCAGAGUGCCUCUUGUAUCACAAUGUGAAACAAGUAAAAAUGGAGGAGAUAGUAGCAGUAGGAGUCUUUUUCCAGUGAGCCUGAAAUCUAAACUUGGAAAGCCAGAUUACCUGGAGAAAGCUGGAGAGCUAAUCAAGCUGGCUGUACAGAGAGAGACAGAGCAGGAUUAUGAAGCAGCCUUUGGUUUCUAUAAAAGGGGAGUUGAUUUGCUUCUUGAAGGAGUUCAAGGUGAAUCAAAUUCAACACGACGAGAAGCAGUUAAGAAAAAGACGGCAGAGUAUUUGAUGCGAGCAGAACAAAUCUCUACUGAGCAUUUGAAAAAUUCUUCUGAAGCAGGAAUAAUUAAUUUAGGACCUCCAGGACCACUAAGUUCAAGGCCCUCUUGGAACCUGAGGAGUCCUGCCGAGGAACUGAAGGCCUUCAGAGUCCUUGGGGUGAUUGACAAGGUUUUGCUCGUAACUGAUACCAGAACUCAGGAGACAUUCAUUCUGAAAGGUCUGAGGAAAAGUAGCGAGUACAGCAGGAACAGAAAGACCAUCAUUCCCCGCUGUGUGCCCAACAUGGUGCAUCUGCACAAGUACAUCAUCUCGGAGGAAUCCAUAUUUCUUGUUCUGCAGCAUGCUGAAGGAGGUAAACUGUGGUCCUACUUGAGCAGAUUUUUCAACAGAAGUAUGGAAGAGAGUUUUAAUGUUCCAGAAACUCAGCAUUUUGAUUCCAUAGAGUGCCUUCAUAUUGAGCAGCUUAACAUGGGUGGCAGCAGCAUUGACUCAGAGGCAAGUCAUUGUGGGAAAGCACAUGAAGUUCUCCCAUUAAAGACCAGUCUCACUCCAAGUUCUCAGGAUGAUAGUAGCACUCAGGAAGAUGGACAGGACAACUCUCAUGUUCAUUUGGACUCUGGAUCAACCUCAGAUGAGGAGUGUACAACCAGUUACUUAACUCUGUGCAAGGAAUAUGAACAGGAGACAUUUGAGCCUGAUUCUUUACCUGAACUGCCCUCAUUGCAUUCUGAAGUUGACAUUACUAGCAGUAAGGAAAUUGAAGAUAAUAUGCAAGUGCACUCUACAGUUAGCAUUGACAGUCUCAUCUCCCCUUUUACCUCUCAGGAAAUUAAUUUCUUCUGUGAAGAUACAGAACAUGAAAUAGCUAGCCCUACCCAGAUGUCAGACUCCUUGACCAAGUUCAAGAACAGUCCUAUGGAAUUCUUUAGGAUAGACAGUAAAGACAGUACUGGUGAUCUUGGUCAAGAACUAGGUGAAAAGUUGUACAAUAUGAAAACUGAAACUCAGAAGCUGCUUCCUUUCUUGACUGACCAUGAUAGUUCUGAUGAUCAGACCAGUCUAGAAGUCCAGACAGUAAAAUUCAGCAAAAACAUCUCACCUCAUGAUACCUUAAGCAAAAGCUCCAGUGACUCUGUACCAGUUAUAUCAUUCCAGGAUGCUGCAGGUGAUGCAAUCAGUUGUGAUGAGGGCAGACCAGAUCUUCUUGUAAACUUACCAGGUGUUUCAGAAGUGGCAGAGGUGAAUGAGCUCAUUCCUUCUGGAACUUUCAUUAACAAAGAAGCUGACCUUUCAGACAGUAAAUUAUUUGAGGCACCUGAUGUUCUGCAGUGGAAUCAUGGUAUCAACCAGACCAGUACUUUUCAAGGGUCCAUAGCAGAUGAUGUACUAUUGUUGAAUAGCACUCCUGAUAGUUUUUCAAAAGUGCAGCAGUUAUCUAAAGCUAGAGCUGCUGAGUUGUUUGAAACCAUGGUUGACAGAAGCUCUGACCUCUGUAUAGCAGAAACUGCAUCUAAUAUUGACAGUGACACUGUAAAUACUGUUAAUACAGUGGGCUACAGUUCCCAAGGACCCGAGACAGCUUUUGCUGCAUUACAGUCAGCUGUCACAGCUCCAGAAGUCCUUAAAAUAUCCACUGCCAAAGAACUACAUCUUGAGAAAGAAAGCACUUUCUUUCACCAAGGAAAUGAGAAUAAUGAAAGCAAGAAUAAUAAAACACUACUGUUAGCAGACGAAGUGUAUUGCACCGGCAAAAUGCAGAUUAUUGAAGGUGAGGACCAGAGGCCUGUCGAAGGCAGACUUGAAGACCGGGAAGUUUCUCGUAUCUUUAAGGAACUUGAUGAAAGUCUAGCACUGGUCUCCCAGGCGCACAUUCCUGAGAGCUGCAUUCGGAGGUGGGCGGCUGAGAUGGUUGCAGCCCUUGAUGCUUUGCAUAGAGAAGGAAUUGUAUGCCGUGAUUUGAACCCAAACAACAUCUUAUUGAAUGAUAGAGGACACAUUCAGCUAACAUAUUUCAGCAGGUGGAGUGAGGUUGAAGAUUCCUGUGACAGCAGUGCCAUAGAGAGAAUGUACUGUGCCCCAGAGGUUGAAAGUAUAGUGGAAGAAACAGAAGCCUGUGACUGGUGGAGCCUAGGUGCCAUUCUGUUCGAGCUCCUUACUGGAAAGUCUCUCUUUCAGUGCCACCCUGCAGGAAUCAAUAGCCAUACAUCUUUAAAUAUUCCUGAUUAUGUAUCUGAAGAAGCCAAAUCUCUUGUUCAGCAGCUUUUACAGUUUAACUCUGUUGAAAGGCUUGGAGCUGGAGCUGGCGGAGUAGAAGAUAUCAAAUCUCACCCUUUCUUCAGCAAAGUGGAUUGGGCUGCACUAGCAAGAUGAAGUGGAUUGUACUGCUUCAGCCAGAAAAAGGGACUGCAACAGCACACUGUAUAACCGAGUGCUUCUAGGUCAAAUCCUAAAAGAUUUUCCCAGAAAUGGACUUUGCUUUGUGGACAGUCUGAAGUGUGAACAAACAGAAUGGGCAAACAUAAAUGUUAAUGCCAGUUUCUAAUUCACCAAAGCUGCUCAGAAAGUAUCAUGGGCACUACAUUGUCUGCACUAUCUUAUAUUUUUCAUCUUUAACUGAAUCUGCUAACAGCUUGAUUACUGUGUUCAAAGACAGUAAGCGCAUAAGAAAUGUUCAGUUGUAUGAGGUUGCACAAAUCUAUUUUUGAUUUUUAAGUAGUCCCAGAUACACUAAAGUACUGUAAGGAGGAAAUGUUGCAUUCUUUUUCUUAAGUUGUGGUGCAGAUGUUGCUGCCUGAUGUACAGUCACAGAAUCAUGUGUAGGAUUUUAUUUUGAAUGCUGUAUGUUCGAACAGAAAUUUGCAAGUUGUCAGCAACAGGGCAAGCCAAAUUCUUCACAAACUCCAUUUAAACUGUAAACAUUUCUUUAGAAAGCACACACAGGAAUUUGCCAAGAUCAGCAAGUUAAUUUUUAAUUUUCACAGAGAACUAAACCCUGUUUUUCUGCUGAUGUUUAGUUUGGUUUAUUAUUCAUAUUUCUCAAGAUCAUCCAGACUUCAUGCAGGGUGCUGCGGGUUUAUGACCUACUUCCAUAGCAUGGUAGACAAAAGCUCUGAGAGUUUGUGGUCUCCCUUGGGCUCAGACAGUAAAAUCUCUGUUCUGCUGGCAUUUGAGUUUACCUCUGUAGUUUCAAACAGCGAUAUAAACCUUAAGCUACAUUAGCUUUAAGUAGCUAGUACAAACCAUCAGAAUGAUUACACACACACACACACACACACACAUAUAUAUAUAUAUAUAAAAGUUGGUAUUUCCGUAGGACUGCAACAGAAAAGUUGUAUUGAACUGACAGUGUAAGGAAAGAUAAGCAGGCUUUGAUAACAUUUUUGUCUUUAACUAGCAUGCUGGAAUUUUGCUUUCUUUUUUAACUGACUCCUCCCAAGCUGUUAAGGUGAUGGCAUAAGUACAUGGAUGUUUUGCUGCAGUCAGCAGUGCUUCUGCCCAGCUAGUGUACUGUCUAUGUGGUGAGCCUCACUGCAACUGUGUAACACUAUUGUAACAUGCUUAAAUAUAGUUUACAUUAAUUUGGAUAUUAAAGUCAGUAUUUUUUAUGUUUCCCCUUAACUGAGAAUUUGCUGUUAAACCUUCAUAUUGCAUAUUUCUUUUAUAGCAAUUUAUUUAUAUCUGCUCUUCUACAUUACGUGAUUAGUCAUUGCAAAAUGAAUACCAAGAAAAUUCUGAGGUACCAAAUGUGGAUGUCCUGUGUAAACAUAUUUAGUAAGUAGCAUUACUAACAUGGAGUGAUGGUAUCAGAAAGUAAGCGAUGCACUUUGAACGUUAUUGCACAUUACUUUGAGGGAAUGAAAGACUCCUUGUGCUAAUAUUGUCAAUUGGCAAUGCUUCGCUUUUAAAAUGUUGCUGCUGGACUCUAUUGUGGUAUGGCCGCACAAGUCACUACAGAAGGACAUUUAUAUGGAACUAACCAAUUUAGUCCAUUCACGUACAAGCUUACAGUGGUCAUUAAGAUGGGAAUUUUGAAAUAUGUAAAGUCUUUAAAUGUUUUCCACCUUAUCAUGAUGCAGAAACAAUAAACACUAUCAGUUUUAAGUAAGCAA